AUGGCGGUAUCCCCACGGGCGGCCAGGCGGCGCGGACGGCCGAUUCUGGCGCUGCUGCUGCUGCUGGUAUCGCCGCCCCUCGGCGGCCCGCUGGGCGCCUCCGCCUACUUCCCGGAGGAGCGCUGGACUCCGGAGUCCCCACUGCAGGCGCCGCGCGUGCUAAUCGCGCUGCUGGCGCGCAAUGCGGCCCCCGCCCUGCCCGCCACUCUGGGCGCCCUGGAGCGGCUGCGGCACCCGCGGGAGCGCACGGCGCUAUGGGUGGCCACAGACCACAAUGUGGACAACACGUCUGCCGUGCUGCGGGAGUGGCUGGUGGCUGUGAAGAGCCUGUACCACUCUGUGGAGUGGCGGCCGGCCGAGGAGCCCAGGUCCUACCCAGACGAGGAGGGCCCCAAACACUGGUCCGACUCACGCUAUGAGCACGUCAUGAAGUUGCGCCAGGCAGCCCUGAAGUCAGCAAGGGACAUGUGGGCUGACUACAUCCUGUUUGUGGAUGCAGAUAACCUCAUCCUCAACCCUGACACGCUGACCCUGCUCAUUGCUGAGAACAAGACAGUGGUGGCCCCCAUGUUGGACUCACGGGCCGCAUACUCCAACUUCUGGUGUGGCAUGACCUCCCAGGGCUACUACAAACGCACACCUGCCUACAUCCCCAUCCGCAAACGGGACCGCCGGGGCUGCUUCCCUGUGCCCAUGGUGCACUCGACCUUCCUGAUCGACCUGCGGAAGGCGGCCUCCAAGAACCUGGCCUUUUACCCGCCUCAUCCCGACUACACCUGGUCCUUCGAUGACAUCAUCGUCUUUGCCUUCUCCUGCAAGCAGGCAGAGGUACAGAUGUACGUCUGCAACAAGGAGGUGUAUGGAUUCCUGCCGGUGCCAUUGCGGGCACACAGCACGCUCCAGGACGAGGCCGAGAGCUUCAUGCACGUGCAGCUGGAGGUCAUGGUGAAGCACCCACCAGCUGAGCCAUCCCAGUUCAUCACCGUGCUGGACCAGACGCCAGACAAGAUGGGCUUUGAUGAGGUCUUCAUGAUCAACCUAAAACGGCGGCAGGACCGGCAUGAACGUAUGCUGAGGGCACUACGAGCACAGGGGAUUGCCUUCCGGCUGGUAGAGGCCAUAGAUGGCAAAGCCAUGAAUACCAGUCAGGUGGAGGCGCUGGGCAUCCAGAUGCUGCCAGGGUACCGAGACCCCUAUCAUGGGCGGCCCCUCACCAAGGGUGAGCUGGGCUGCUUCCUCAGCCAUUACUCCAUCUGGAAGGAGGUGGUGGAUCGUGGACUGCAGAAAUCACUGGUGUUUGAGGAUGAUCUGCGCUUUGAGAUCUUCUUCAAGAGACGCCUGGUGAACCUCAUGCGAGAUGUGGAGCAGGAAGGCCUGGACUGGGACCUUAUCUACGUGGGCCGGAAGCGGAUGCAGGUGGAGCAGCCUGAGAAGGCUGUGCCCCGUGUGAGAAACCUGGUGGAGGCCGACUACUCGUACUGGACGCUGGCCUAUGUGUUGUCCCUGCAAGGUGCCCAGAAGUUGCUGGCUGCCAAGCCACUUACCAAGAUGCUGCCUGUGGAUGAGUUUCUGCCUGUCAUGUUUGACAAGCACCCGGUGUCUGAGUACAAGGCCCACUUCUCCCCCCGCAACCUGCGUGCCUUCUCAGUGGAGCCGCUGCUCAUCUACCCCACACACUACACAGGGGAUGAUGGCUACGUGAGUGACACAGAGACCUCAGUUGUGUGGAACAAUGAGCAUGUCAAGACCGACUGGGACCGUGCCAAGUCCCAGAAGAUGCGGCAGCAGCAGGCUCUGAGCCGUGAGGCCAAGAACUCUGACGUGCUGCAGUCACCGCUGGACAGCGCAGCUCGUGACGAGCUCUGA